AUGGAAAGCAACAUAGACCCUCGCUGUCUGCACAACCUCUCCUACCACCCCCGAUGGCAGCACAGCUCAAUAAAAGUGAAGAGAAAAAGAAAUAUACGGACAAACAGCUCCAGCGGGUGUAGUCAGUUUGAAUCAACAUCGUCAUCAUUGUCAUCAAAGUCGUUAUCAUCUAAACCACAGUUGCCAUCAUCCACCAUACAGCACACCAGGAGAUGGAAGGGGAACUGGUUUCUUUUGCCCUUACUCAUGAUCUCAUUUUUCCCCUGUCAAGCCUGGGCAACUACUUUUAAGAUGGCCCUGGUUGGACCCUGGGCAUGUGACCUCUUAUACUCCAAAGCCCUCCCAGACUUGGCAGCCCGACUCGCAAUCGCCCGCAUAAACAAAGACCCCUACCUCAACAAAGGCUACUGGUAUGACUAUACGCUGAUCAAUGAGGACUGCAAGUCAUCCCGUGCCCUUGCUCGCUUCGCUGGGUUAGACGGUUAUGGUGCUGCUUUCCUGGGCCCAGCCAACCCAGGCUACUGCUCCUCAGCUGCUCUGUACGCAAAAGAGUGGGAUGCUGGGAUUCUCUCCUGGGGCUGCCUCAAACCCAACAUGAACCAAGGUGGGAUGUAUCCUACCUUCCUGAGACCACUGCCACUGUCCUCCCAUGUACUUUUUACUGUGUUGCGGUACUUUCGUUGGGCGCAUGUGGCCAUAAUAUCGCAGGAGCAAGAUGUGUGGGAAGCUACAGGACAGGAGUUGGCCUCUUCACUGAGGGCCCUUGGCCUGCCUGUCAAUCCCGUGGUCACAAUGGAGGACAACAAGGACGGGCCUCGGAAAGCCCUGACAAAAGUGCGGGAAGCAGACCGGGUCAGAGUGAUCAUCAUGUGCAUGCCAUCUGUUUUGAUUGGUGGCCAAGCUCAGUACCAACUUCUGACAACAGCCUUGUCUAUGCGUAUGAUCGACCGUGGCUACGUGUUCAUUCCCUACGACACCCUUCUGUACUCACUGCCCUACAGAGAUGCCCCAUACUAUAUGCUAGGUAAUGACACCAGGUUGCGGAAAGCCUAUGACGGUGUUCUCACUAUCACUAUGGACUCUGGAGAGCGCAAUUUCUACGAGGCCUUCAAAGAUGCUCAGGACAGCUAUGAAAUACGUAGCAGCACUCCACCAGAGCAGGUUUCUCCAUUCUUUGGCACCAUCUACAACAUGAUGUACUUCACAGCUAUGACUGCUGAGCAGGCGCGUGAAAAUGGAGGCCGUUGGGUAACUGGUCAGAUCCUGGGUGAAAGUACUGGUGGCUUUGAAUUCCAAGGAUUCAACCAACCCUUGAGAUCUGGCAGGCAUGGUGAAGGCAUGCAGGCUCCCUAUGUAGUGCUGGACUACAGCGGAAUAGGCACCACUCUGUACUCCACGCAUGCUCUCCAUGCAUCUCAUACAGAUGGCAAGACGGGGGGCUUGAAAUAUCUUGGCCGUUCUAUCCAUUUUGCAGGCAGCACUCCCUACAAAGACUCAGGUUGCUGGUUUAGCCCAUACUUUGCCUGCACUGGAGGCCUGGAUUCAGUCACUCUCUUCUUUAUUUGCCUUUUGUUCAUUUCACUUCUUGGAUGUGCAGUGAACAUAUUUCUUCGUCUCAAACGAAGUGGUAGGGUUGGCUUCAGCUUUGGUGGAAGUAGCGGUGGAUCAACAAAGGUAGUCCUGACUCUCGAUGAUCUCGUCUUCAUCAACACUCAAGUCAGCAAACGGAAGCUAAACGAUGAGAGCAUUAUGAAGAGCCAGCUGGAUAUGAAGACGCCUCAUCAUUCAGUGUCCGGUCGCAGCUACUUAGCCUCCACGCCAGACAGCUCCAAUGUUGCAGUGUUUGAGGGGGACUGGGUCUGGUUGAAGAAAUGUCCCGCUGGAGCUGUGUCAGGCGUCAAUGGCAGCACUGAGUUUGUCUUCGUCAAGCUCAGAGACAUGAGGCACGAGAACCUCAACCUGUUCCUGGGGCUGUUCUUCGACUCGGGCAUCUUUGGUGUUGUGACCGAGCACUGCACCAGGGGCAGCUUGGAGGAUUUGCUCAGCAAUGAAGAUGUUCGCCUUGACUGGAUGUUCAAGUCUUCUCUGUUAAUGGAUCUGAUCCGGGGGAUGAAGUACCUGCAUAAUCGUGAUAUCAUCCAUGGGCGACUCAAAUCCCGCAACUGUGUGGUAGAUGGCCGCUUUGUGCUGAAGGUGACAGAUUACGGGUUCAAUGAGAUCUUGAUUGCCCAAAGCAUCGACAAUGAUGACGAAAAGCCAGAAGAUCUGCUUUGGACGGCUCCUGAGCUGCUGAGAAGCUCGAGUCUGAGGAGGAGGGGCACUUUCUAUGGGGACGUCUACAGCUUCGCCAUCAUCGUGCAGGAGGUCAUUUCUCGCUCUGCACCUUACUGCAUGCUGGACAUGCCCACCAAGGAGAUCAUCAAUAAGAUCAAAGAACCUCCUCCUUUGUGUCGGCCUGUUGUGUCCGUGGACGAGGCCCCGCUGGAUGUGAUACAGGUCAUGAAGCAGGCCUGGAGCGAAGAGCCAGACAAGAGGCCGACCUUCGAGGAGCUCUUCAAACAGUUCAAGAGCAUCACCAAGGGAAAGAAGACCAACAUCAUCGACUCUAUGCUGAGGAUGUUGGAACAGUACUCCUCCAACCUGGAGGAUCUGAUCAGAGAGAGGACGGAGGAGCUGGAGGUGGAGAGACAGAAGACUGACAAUCUGGUAGCGCAGAUGUUGCCCAAGUCUGUGGCCCAGGCGCUGAAGACUGGCAAGCCCGUCAAACCGGAGCAUUUCAGCGAGGUCACGCUUUACUUCAGUGACAUUGUUGGUUUCACCACCAUCUCAGCUCUCAGCGACCCCAUCGAGGUGGUCGACUUACUCAAUGACCUCUACACGCUUUUUGAUGCCAUCAUCGGGCUGCAUGAUGUCUACAAGGUGGAAACUAUUGGAGAUGCCUACAUGGUGGCCUCAGGUGUCCCCACCAGGAACGGUACCCGUCAUGCUGCUGAAAUGGCCAACAUGUCUCUCGACAUCCUCCACUGCAUCGGGACCUUCAAGAUGCGACACAUGCCUGAGCUAAAAGUCAGGAUCCGUAUUGGCCUGCACUCUGGCCCAGUGGUAGCAGGUGUAGUCGGCCUUACGAUGCCUCGGUACUGUCUCUUUGGAGACACUGUCAACACGGCAUCUCGAAUGGAGUCCACAGGGUUGUCUUACAGAAUCCAUGUCAACCAAAGCACAGUUGAUGUCCUGAACAGCUUGAAGCUGGGAUAUAAAAUAGAAGUGAGAGGUCUGACGGAGUUAAAGGGAAAAGGAGUCGAGAACACUUACUGGUUGGUGGGAAGGGAUGAUUUCAACAAGCCUCUACCAAUUCCUCCAGACAUGGCAGGAGGAAGCAAUCAUGGUAUCGGUUUAGAUGAAAUACCUCCUGACAGACGACAGAAGUUCCUUGAUCGACAGAAGAGGAUGGGCUAG